AUGGCUGACACUAAAGCAGAAAAUUCAUCUGACACAUCUACUCUCAUUCACAGUAGUGGCAAUGCAGCUCCGCAGCCCAACAACCCGUUGUCUAGAAAAUUAAAUAAGAUUCUGGAAACCAGACUGGACAAUGACAAGGAGAUGCUCGAAGCCCUCAAAGCACUGUCGGUGUUCUUCACCGAGAACAGUCUCCGGACUCGCAGGAACCUGCGCGGUGACAUCGAGCGUCGCAGCCUCUCCAUCAAUGAAGAGUUUGUGAGAAUAUUUAAAGACGUAAAAGAGGAGCUCGAGAGCGUGCAUGAGGAUGUACAAGCUAUGAGUUCAUGUUGCGAGGAGAUGACUAACCGGCUAAAGGCAGCCAAAGAGCAAACGCAGGACCUCAUCGUGAAAACCAACAAGCUGCAAGGAGAGAAUCACCGGCUGGAGGUUCGAGCGCAGGUGGCCCAGGCCUUUCUGUCCAAGUUCCAGCUGUCCAGCGAGGAGAUGGCCACGCUGCGCGGGGCUCGCGACGCCCCCGUCACCGAGGAUUUCUUCAGGGCGCUCAGUAGGGUGAAGCACAUCCAUGAAGAUGUGAAGAUUCUGCUGAGGACCAAUCAGCAGACAGCAGGACUGGAGAUCAUGGAGCAGAUGGCAGUGCUGCAGGAGACUUCCUACGAGCAGCUGUACCGCUGGGCUCAGAAUGAGUGUCGCGGUCUGACCCAGGAGACGUGUGACAUCUCCCCAGUGCUCAGCCAAGCCAUGGAGGCUCUACAGGACCGGCCCAUCCUCUACAAGUACACUCUGGACGAGUUCGGGACGGCCCGGAGGUGCGCCGUGGUGCGGGGCUUCAUUGACGCCCUAACGCGGGGGGGUUCUGGGGGUACCCCACGUCCCAUUGAGAUGCACUCCCACGACCCUCUGAGGUACGUCGGGGACAUGCUAGCCUGGCUGCACCAGGCCACUGCGUCUGAGAAGGAGCAUCUGGAAGCCCUGCUAAAGCAGGUCACCAUGCAGGGGGUGGAGGAGAACAUGCAGGAAGUGGUCGGACACAUCACUGAGGGCGUCUGCAGGCCGCUGAAGGUGCGCAUCGAGCAGGUGAUUGUGGCCGAGCCAGGGGCUGUUCUGCUCUACAAGCUGUCCAAUCUGCUCAAGUUUUACCACCACACAAUCAGUGGCAUCAUUGGCACCAGCGCGGCAUCCCUGCUCCUCACCAUGGAGGAGAUGCACGUGCUCAGCAAGAAGAUGUUCUUCAACAGCCUGAGUCUGCAUGCCAGCAGGCUCAUGGACAAGGUGGAGCUCCCCCCGCCUGACCUGGGCCCCACGGCCUCCCUCACCCAGACGCUGUCGCUGCUCAGAGAGGUGCUGACCUCGCACGACUCCUCCAUGGUCCCGCUGGACGCGCGGCAGGCAGACUUCGCCCAGGUCCUGUCGUGCAUCCUGGACCCUCUGCUGCAGCUCUGCACGGUGUCCGCCAGCAACCUGGGCACGGCCGACAUGGCGACCUACAUGGUCAACUCGCUGUACAUGAUGAAGACCACGCUGGCGCUCUUCGAGUUCACCGACAAGCGUCUGGAGAUGCUGGAGUUCCAGAUCGAGGCUCACCUGGACACCCUGAUCAACGAGCAGGCCACCUACGUACUGACCCGAGCCGGACUGAGCUACAUCUACAGCUGUGUGCAGCAGCACGGAGCCGAGCAGGGUCCCCUCUCCAACAUGGCCAGCAUGGACAGCUCCUCGCUGAAGGCCGCCAUGGUGCAGUUUGACCGCUACCUGUCCUCGCCCGACACGCUCCUGAUGCCGCAGCUCAACUUCCUGCUCAGCGCGGCCAUCAAGGAGCAGAUUUUUCGGCAGUCCACGGAGCUGGUGUGCCGGGCCUACGGGGAGCUGUACGCGGCCGUGACCAGCCCCGCCAACGGCUACAAGGACCCUGAGAGCGUGCUGCACCGGUCCCCCCAGCAGGUCCAGACCCUGCUGUCCUGAGCCGGGGUACGGGACGGGGACGGGACGGGACGGGACGGGCCCGGGCGGGACAGGGACAGAGCGCACCGCGCACGGGGACCGAGCGAUCUGCCUCCGUCUCUCCCUGCGCCAGGGCGGAGCCUCCGAACCCUGCACCACCGGCGGGAGGACGGCCCGACUGUGACAGGGCUUCCCCUUCGACCUCCGAGCGGAGGCUCGGGUCUGAUUCGGACAUCUGAGGGCUCUCUCUCUCUCUCUCUUUCUCUCUCACGCUCUCGCUCUUUUUCUCUCAGAUACUGUGACGGAGGUGAAAAUCAGGACAAACUUUUUCUUCUCUUUUGUAUUUAUUUUUGAUUUCAUUGUGGAUGAAGGGUUCCCACCGGCUUUAGAGGUUGAGGAAAGGAACGGUGUAGAGCGUGUCAGUUCUGCAGUCGUACACAGAUACGUGCACACACGCGCUCACACACACACACUCAGGCUACACGCACACAAACACAUGCACAAAAGCAUGCACGCACAUUAAAAUGCAUGUGCACACAGACAUACACGCACUCACAAAUACGUGUCCACACGGACACGCACAAUCACACACACUUGCGUGAGUGCACACACACACACACACACACACACACUCACACACACAGAGCCCCUUGUAAAUCCGCUCCGGUCUAUAAUCAGGAACAGAUCUGCCUUUCAUCUCAUUAAAUCUUUAUUUUUUAUUUUUAUGUAACUCCAUUAAAAUAAAUCUGAAUGUUUCAAAGCCUGCGCAUCUCCUCCCUCUGCCUCUGACACAGAUAGUUAAAUGGGAUUCUGCGGCCGCCUGGCCGAGCCGGUGGCCAAUCAGAGGGAGGCUGAGCGCAUUCUCUCAGACAAUGGCGCUUUCAUGUCGCGGGGCCGAAUCGCCAGUCACGCCAUCCCUUAAUUGCAGGCAGAAUUCCUGCCGGCCUUCAUUCACUGGCUGUAUUUGGGGGGGCGGGGGGGCAGGGUGAAAGGAGGGAAAGAUGGGAAAAAUGAUAUUGCUUAUAGGCUAUUAUUAGUUGCCUGAGCUGGGGGAGGAAUUAAAGAGGGAUCCAAAUGGUCUAAUUUUGGUGCUGUUGGUAAGAGGGUUGGGUUGAGACAUGCUGGCGGUGUGUCACUCAUGUCCGGACCGCCUCUGCCCUCUCAGUGUGAUGCUCUACAAACCUGGCCUUCAGCAGGGUUUUUUUUUAAUUUUUAUUUUUUUGUAUUUUUUUUUUACCGUUUUAUUAAUUUUUUAAUGGGGUGUCCCUGAAUGCCUUUGAGCCUGGGUGGGGGCCCUGGAUCAGAAAAGGGUGAUAACCCCUGGUGUAAAAACCUUUCUGUUAGUAUCACUUUGCAUUCCGCGGACACUGUAACACUACGAUUGUGGUCCUUAUUAAAAAUCAAUGGAUAACACAUGA